CGAAUCGUCUCUUGAAAAAACAACAACAAUGGCUGCUUCUUCUUCUUCUUCUUCACUGAGAUUGCUCUAUUUUGCUUCAUUGAUGUGUCUUUAUGCUAUAGCGAAUGCGAAAAUCCCUGGGGUUUACACUGGUGGACCUUGGGAAUCUGCGCAUGCUACUUUCUAUGGUGGCAGUGAUGCUUCUGGAACUAUGGGCGGUGCAUGUGGGUAUGGGAAUCUGUACAGCCAAGGCUAUGGCGUGAGCACAGCAGCAUUAAGCACUGCACUGUUCAACAAUGGGCUGAGCUGCGGUGCUUGCUUCGAGAUUAAGUGCACCGACGACCCCAGAUGGUGUAAGCCAGGCAACCCUUCCAUUUUCAUUACUGCCACUAACUUUUGCCCUCCUAAUUUCGCUCUCCCCAAUGACAAUGGCGGCUGGUGCAACCCUCCUCGCCCUCACUUCGACCUUGCCAUGCCCAUGUUCCUCCAGAUCGCCGAGUACCGUGCUGGUAUUGUCCCCGUUUCCUUCCGCAGAGUGGCUUGCCGGAAGCAAGGUGGAAUCAGAUUCACGAUCAACGGAUUCCGAUACUUCAAUUUGGUUUUGGUGACCAACGUCGCGGGUGCAGGGGAUAUCGGGAAGGUGAGCAUCAAGGGAACCAACACCGAUUGGUUGAGCAUGAGCCGUAACUGGGGUCAGAACUGGCAGUCAAACUCCGUUCUGGUUGGACAGAAGCUCUCGUUUAGGGUCACCGGCAGUGACGGACGGACCUCCACCUCCUGGAACGUGGCACCGGCUAAUUGGCAGUUCGGCCAGACCUUCACCGGAAAGAAUUUCCGCGUUUGAAACACACUUCCUCUCCCUAUUUAAACUUAUAUAAAUAUAGUUUCAUUUUGUUUCUGGCCCUUCAAUUUUCUUUAAUUUUCUCGGGAAAAUUUGAAGUUGUGGGUAAAAGUAAAAAACGUGCUUUUGGGUAGAAUUCACUUACGCAAAAGAAAGAAUAGAUAGGAAAGUCACCAAGUGAAGUCGGGUGGGUAAUUUUCUUUUCUGGAACUGAUAUUUGGUUUAAGUGUUUUGGGUGUGGAUUGUAAUGAAGCUGGAAGCAAUGGUAAAAAAAAUUCCAGCUGAUGGUAAAAAGGUUGUAAGCUGAAGCGGCUGCAAAUCAAAGAAACAUGUAGCCCUCAGUUGUUGGUCGUACUAUAGUAAUUUCAUUUUUACUGCUAUAAAAUGGUCUUUGUUUUAGUCC